AUGCCCCCCAGAAUACCGGCGCUGCCGAGCCUAGGCUCAUUGAACCUCUGCCUCCGACCCGCAUCGAAGUCCGUAACUCCCAACUUCCUACCCAUCGUCCAGACGGCCAACCUUUCCCAGCGCGAGAAGAAGCGCAAGGCAAAGCAAGACCCAUAUCGAUGGGCUCAAGCACAGCAACGAAAGGCCGCCAAUGUGCAACGACGUGAAGAGCUAUCUCGUGAGAGAGACGAGUCCUGGGGUGAUGCUGUCCUAGGAAAGAAGACCCCGUUCAUCGAAUCUCUUGCGACAGCUGGCGUGCGAGAUACUGAGGGCCAGUCUGUGACAGAUAAUGGAAUCCGCAACUAUUUCCUUUCGGAUACCGAGGUCGAGGCAGCCACCAAGCAUGCCUACCAACUCACCGAGCCCAUGAUUGGUGCUGUUGAGUCGCAGAUAGAACCUGAGACCAAGGAGGAUGCGAUGAAGCGGCACAAUGAGAACCACGAGAAGGUUAUCGAAGCUUUAAGCCGAAUUACGUCGCUUGAGAACGGCAGCUCAAAGGACCGCUUCCACGCCAACGUGCAGCGCAUCAUCAACGAGUUUGGUCGUCACCGCACCGACUCCAUCUUUAUGCCCAACAAGCCCCCCAAAACUAUGCUCGGGGAGGAAAUGCCUGGACGACUUGGUCCUGAUACUGGCAGCUCUGAGGUCCAGAUUGCCAUCUUGACAGCCAAAAUCCAUAACCUCUCAAAUGCCCUACAAAUCAACCGAGGUUAUAAGGACAAACACAACAAGCGUAACCUAAGAUUACUGUUGCAUCGCCGACAGAAGCUCAUGAAAUACAUGGAUCGUAAGGAGAGAGGAAGUCAGCGAUGGGCUCACAUGGUUGAGACGCUAGGCCUUACACCUGCAACCUGGAAGGAUCAGAUCUCGUUGUAA